CACUAAACACCAUGAAAAUUUAAACCUAGUUUCUUAGAUUAUUUCUAGCAUUUGUAUGUGUGUGUGUGGAAGAGAGAAAUGGAAGAUGAGAGCAAUGGAAGUGGUCCAUAUGGCCCUUCCUUAGGAAGCCCAGAAAGUCCUUGUUUGAAAAGCACUACUAGUAGCAGCACCGCCACCACCACCACCAACAACAACAACAAAAGCAGCAACAGCAACAACAAAAAUAAUAAUUGCAGCAGCAGCAAUAACAUAAACAAAGAGCAAGAUCGCUUCCUUCCUAUAGCGAAUGUUGGCAGAAUAAUGAAGAAAGUGAUUCCAGGAAAUGGAAAAAUUUCGAAAGAUGCAAAGGAGACUGUUCAAGAAUGCGUGUCUGAAUUCAUUAGCUUCGUCACUGGAGAAGCGUCUGACAAAUGCCAAAGGGAGAAGAGAAAGACUAUUAAUGGCGAAGACAUAAUCUGGGCCAUAACAACAUUAGGGUUUGAAGAUUAUGUCGCCCCACUAAAAUUGUAUAUCAGCAAGUACCGUGAGAUUGAAGGUGAGAAGCUUAAUAUUCCAAAGCAACAAAGAAUAGAACAAAGGGUACAACAUCAACAACAAGAACAAGAACAAAACUUACCUCCUUAUAGUAGUGUAUAUUCCUCCACAGCCAGCACUGCUCCUAUGUCUCAACCAUCUUUUGUUGCUACUGAUCAAGCAUUUUCCUUAGCAUUUUCUUCCUCUACCUCUAUCCAAAAGCAACUUCAGCAACAAGAUCAAAUUGAUUCAGUGGGUCACUGGUAAGGUACAUCAUCAAAGUUAAAGAGAAAUCAGACCAAAAUGGGAAAGAAACGGACGAAUCGGGCGCGUUAGACUAUUCAACACGCCCUGCCAACACGCUCGUGCUGAGAAUCACGUUUAGGGUCAAAAGGCAUGCUUGUGCUGAGAAGCAUGUAUCCUUAUCCUUACCCAUGGUGAGAAGAAACAAUUUGCAACACGGUUCUCAAGAGUAACAUUCCUAGGAGCAUGCUCGUGCUGAGCAGCACGGCCCAAGUCCAAGCCGUGGUGAAAGAAGGCCAGAUGUACAAUUUUAGCCCAACACGGCAUGGAUCCAGGCCGUACUGGUCAGCACGGGCCAAAUCCAAGCCUUGUUGGAUCCUGAAGCCUGAUUUAAAAGAAAAGAAUAAGAAAGAGAAAGGAAUUCUGGAGAGAGAAAACUUUGGGGGUAUUCAAGACAGACUUUAAGAGCAACCUUCCAGACGAUCAAGAAGAGGAAAACGGAAAUGAAUUCCACUUCAACAUCAUCCAGAUAGUUGUUCUUAAGGAUUGGAUUGAAGAUUCAAAGGAAAGAAGAAGGAGAUCUUAAGCUGUAGAGAUUGGAUUCAGAGUUAUUCAAGAGGGGA